ACACACACAAACACACAUAUACACGCCCUCCACCCCCAUCGCUGCAGUGUCUCAACUGCCUUGGAGCAAAUGAGAGAGGAUACAGAAAAGGCACAGAAAAGAUAGAGACGGACAGUGUGUGUGUGAGACAGUAAUUGGGAAUAUGAGGAAGACGUGAAAUUGAAGAAGUGUGAUUAAAAGGGUGGACUGUUCAGAGGCGUUCUCUGCGUGCCAGGGCUCAUCUGCAGUAUCCUUUGUAAAUGGAUGCUGCCUUGUGAACACGAUUCUUUGGAAGAGUUAGAGAAGUAAAUCUCAAUCUGGAUUGGAUGAUUGCAGUGGCCUGACAAGGAGACGGAACACAGGAGCCAUGUGGGAAUGUAAUGAGAGAAUUUCCCCAAUCGCACCUAUCAAGCCUAAACACUUCCUUUACUGACACAAGUUGAACGUUGUCUGCCGUCCUCUAGAGUUUUUCCUUAAGGGUGCUAUGAUUUCUGCCUCCUUUAGUUUGAGCAGGCAGUCAAAACUCAGUGCCAAGUACUGUGUGGGCAUCCCACAAGUCUGGGUUUUGCCCACACAGGACUCACAGACUGCCCUAGAGCAAAAAGAAUGAAACACACCUGAUUUACUCAUUUCUGCGGAGGCUUUCCUGACUCUUGGUUGUUGUGACGUCACAACUGCCUUUUCUCUCAACGAUCCUCAACCUCCUCCAAAGAUUUCAUCACCUCUUCUUUGUAAUUUGUUCAACCCCCCAAGCGGCAGUACGAGUUCCUUUGCGCUCAGUACGUGGUGGAGGACCAUGGGAUGCCGUCAGAGCUCGGAGGAGAAGGAGGCGGCUCGGCGCUCGCGGCGAAUCGACCGCCACUUGCGUUCGGAGAGUCAGCGGCAGAGGCGGGAAAUCAAGUUAUUGCUUCUGGGCACCAGCAACUCUGGCAAGAGUACUAUCGUCAAGCAGAUGAAGAUCAUCCACAGCGGCGGCUUUAACCUUGAGGCCUGUAAGGAGUACAAGCCCCUUAUCCUUUACAACGCCAUCGACUCACUCACACGCAUCAUCCGUGCCCUGACCACCCUUAAGAUUGACUUUCACAAUGCUGAUCGCGCCUAUGACGCCGUACAGCUCUUUGCCCUAACGGGGCCUGCAGAAAGCAAGGGAGAGAUCACUCCAGAGUUGCUAGGGGUCAUGAAACGCCUCUGGGCAGACUCCGGGGUCCAGGAGUGCUUUCAGAGAUCCAAUGAGUACCACUUAGAGGACAACACUGCUUACUACCUAAACGACCUGGACCGCAUUUCUGCACCCGAGUACAUCCCUACAGUGGAGGACAUCCUGCGAUCCCGUGACAUGACCACAGGCAUUGUAGAGAACAAGUUCACCUUCAAGGAGCUCACCUUCAAGAUGGUAGAUGUAGGUGGACAGCGGUCAGAGAGAAAGAAGUGGAUCCAUUGUUUCGAGGGAGUGACGGCAAUCAUUUUCUGUGUUGAACUGAGCGGCUAUGACCUCAAACUCUACGAGGACAACCAGACGAGCCGAAUGGCUGAGAGCUUGCGCCUCUUCGACUCGAUCUGCAACAACAACUGGUUCACCAACACCUCGCUCAUCCUCUUCCUCAACAAGAAGGACCUGUUGGCUGAGAAGAUCAAACGCAUUCCUCUGACAGUGUGCUUCCCCGACUACAAGGGCCAAAACACCUACGAGGAAGCGGCCGUGUACGUGCAGCGGCAGUUCGAGGACCUCAACCGCAACAAGGAAACCAAGGAGAUUUACUCGCACUUCACCUGUGCUACCGACACCAGCAACAUCCAGUUUGUGUUCGACGCUGUCACGGACGUGAUCAUCCAGAACAAUCUCAAGUACAUUGGGUUGUGCUAGGACAAGAUGUGCGAUUGGUGUGUAAUCUAAUGGAUAAAAUGCAAAAAUGACAUCAAUUGCGUAUGAAAUAAACUGGGACGGUGAGGAUUUAAAUGCUUUAGUUGGUCAAAGAUGGGUAUUUACAGUGGUAUGAAAAAGUAUCUGUACCUUCUGGAAUUUGUCACAUUUCUGCAUAAAAUCGCCAUCAAUUGUGAGCUGAUCUUUGUCAAAAUCACACAGAUGAAAAAAGUGUCUGGUUUAACUAAAACCACCUACACAUUUAUAGAUUUUCAUAUUUUAAUGUGGAUAGUAGGCAAACAGUGACAGAAGGGGGGAAAAAUAAGUAAGUGAACCAUCACAUUUAGUGUUUUGUUGCAGCAAUAACUUCAACCAGACGCUUCCUGUAGCUGCAGCUCAAUCUGCCAGAUCGAUCGGGAAUAAUCUUGGCCCAUUCUUCUCUACAAAACUGCUAUAGUUCAGUCAGAUUUCCAAGAUGUCUGGCAUGAAUCGCUGUCUUUAGGUCAUGCCACAGCAUCUCAAUGGGGUUCAAGUCUGGACUUUGACUUGGCCACUCCAGAACGUGUAUUUUGUUACUCUGAAACCAUUCUGAAGUUGAUUUACUUCUGUGUUGGAUCAUUGUCUUGUUGCAGCAUUCAUCCUCUUUUUAGAUUCAACUGUCUGACAGACGGGCUCAGGUUUUCCUGCAAAACAUCCUGAUAAACUUUUGAAAUCAUUCUUCCAUUAAUGAUUGCAAGUUGUCCAGGCCCUGAGGCAGGAAAACAGCCCCAAAUCAUGAUGCUCCCUCCACCAUGCUUCAGGUGGGGAUGAGGUGUUGAUGUUGGUGAGCUGUUCCAUUUUUCCUCAACACAUGACAUUGUGUGUUACUCCCAAACAAUUCACCUUUGGUUUCAUCAGUCCACAAAAUAUUUUGCCAAAUCUUCUUUGGAGUGUCCAAGUGCCUUUUUGCGAACAUUCAAUGAGCAACAAUGUUGUUUUUUUUAGAUAGCAGUGGCUUCUUCCGUGGAGCCCUCCCAUGAACACCAUUCUUGGACAUAGAUUUACAUACAGUCGAUGUGUGCACCUAGAUCUUGGACUGUGCCAGUGAUUCCUGUAAGUCUUUAGCAGACACUCUAGGGUUCUUUUGAACCACUCUGAGUAUUCUGCGCUGAACUCUUGGGGUCAUCUUUGGUGGACGGCCACUCCUUGGUAGAGACGCAACAGUGCCAAACUCUCUCCAUUAGUACACAACUUCUCUGACUGUCAAUUGAUGAACAUCCAGACUUUUAGAGAUGGUUUUGUAUUCUUUUACAGCUUUAUACAUAUCAACAGUCUUCGAUCGCAGGUCUUCAGACAGCUCUUUCGACCGAGCCAUAAUGCACAUCAGGCAAUGCUUCUCAUCAAGACAAUUCUCAAUAUGUGUGUUUUUUAUAGUGGGCAGGGCAGCUUUAAACUAGGGUUGGGAAUUUCUGGCAUGAAGCCGAUUCAAUAUGUAUCUAGAUACACAGGUUACAAUUCGAUUAAAAAAAAAAAAAAAAAAAAAAAAAAAAGAUACAUUUUUAAGGCCGAUACAAUUCGGCACAGUUUAAGAACGAUACAGUUUGAUACAGUGUGAAAAACAUUUGUUGUGUUUGUUCUUACAGUAUUUUAAACAUUAAAAAAAAGACCACAUUUCUAAUAGCAAAAUUAAACAACAGAAUUUCAUACCAAUGUUUGUUUUUUUUUUUAAUGAAAAAAAUAAAAAUAAAUAAGGCUUACUAAAUCACUAUCAUUUUGUUGGAUGGAAUUGAUUAUAAAAUAAAACUCCAGUGACAGACAACAAUAAAGUGCAGUAAUUCAAUUACUGCAUUUCCUGGGGUUUUGAACACAAGAGGUAAGUAAUUUAAGUGCAAAUUUUCGUAAACAUUUUACAAACUAAAUAGUUAUAUGCAGCAGCUCUAGAAAAAAAAAAAAAGAAUUAAACCUGCUCGUGUUAUCAUCAUUAAAAAAAAAAAAAAAAUUAUGCUUUGCCACUGGUAUGAUUGGGGGAAUAAAAACAUGACAUUUUAUACAGACAGGUCAAUAAUAAUGACUUUAACCUUAUACACAGCAAAGUCAUUCACCUAUGCCUGUGCUUCCACAUUUUUUUAUUCCUCAUCACUGUCCAUAUCUUCCUUGAAGGGUAGAUUUUUCUUGAAGAAGAUCAACUGAUCCACAUGUUCAUGUUUAAAUAGACUGUGUUUCGUGGAAACAAUAUCUCCAGCUGGUCGUGCUGCCCUUUCCACCAUUGUAGUGGGUUAUUUUUCAGGCUUAAAAACUCACGAUCUCUGUACCACUUCACACGAGCUCUGUCCCAUACAGAUCUGGCUGCCUUCUUCACUCCAAAGUCCGACUUUUGUUUUCCUGGUGCGUUGAAGAUCAAUCGCUGUAUGUCGCUGGCGUUGGUGCUCAAACUGUCCACUGUUUUAGCAUGUUGCUUCGUUGCCACUACUAGUUUAGCUUUGGGCUGUGAAGAAAACGCUACAGAGCGUGCAUUACAGUGGUUUCGUUAACUCUCCCGUUGUUAUGACACUCCCGUGACGAUCGGGUAACGACGACGACUACUAGCUGUUCUGCCGAAAUGCAUGAUGGGAAGUUGAGGCAACCACGACUGUGAGUGGUGUUUGUCCAUAUUAUAUCAAGUGUGUGUUCACACUCUCAGUGCGCUGUGCGGAGUAUCACGCAGCACAGCAUGUGAAGUAAAACUAAAUUAUUAUCAUAUUUAGCAAUGCAUUGUAGUAAGGGUGUAAUAGUACAUGUAUUUGUAUUGAACCGUUUCGGUACAUGGUGCUCGGUUCGGAACGGAGGCGUACCGAACGAGUUUCUGACGUAAUGUAUUAGGCAUAAAAACACCGAGAGGAGUCGGAUAGCUCUUUAUGGAUACUUUUAUUGACCAAAACAAAAAACGUGGGGGACGCAGCCACUCAACUCAGCGCUACCCGCGCACAUUUCCAACUCACCGAUCUCGCUCCAUCUCUCUCGCUCGCUCGCCCACUUUCUUCCUCUUUGCUCAAUCUGACAACGCCGGUCACAUUGAAAUAACAGCGGCCCCCUUGGGGGUGCCAGUUACAACCGCUUGUAUCGGAGCGCCCGCCAUUUUAAACAUUAUCCGCAUGUAAAAUUUUUUUAACCCGUCAUUACCCGUCGACGGUAUGUUUUGCCCGUCGAUGCAUUUACGUCAUCGAUGACGUCGACAAUGUCGACUAGUCAGGACAGCUCUAAUGAUAUUAGACAUGUGCUGGUUACCGGUUUCACGGUUUACCGUGGUGUGAAAACGUUGCGGUUUCAAAACCACUAAAAUUUUCCGUCAUACCUUAGUAAGGUAUUCGCUAUUUUUCAUGUGCCAAAAUGCAGCCGAAGUGGCUUGGCGCGGCAGCGCUCACCCCUUCCCGUUUGUUGCCGUGUGUCAGUGAAGCUAUUCUGCUAAACAGCCAGCAAACCCAAAAACAAACACAAGGCAUACUUUUCUUCAAUUUAUUGAGCUCUCAAAUCGUGGUGAAAUAUACAAAAUGAAUACAUUUAAAACGUUGUAUUUUUCCACGUGUGAGUAGGUUCAACAGGAUAGCAGGAGCAGUGUAGCACCAUGAAAAAGUUCGCUAAAAACAAAACACACAUUUUCCUAUCCAAUUCAAUAUACAAACGAACUAAAACUUACAAAGACGAAUGUUAGCCUAGGCUUAGCUGGGAGAGCAGCUUCGUCGAGGUUUUAAGUCUCACAGCCGCUGAGUGAGAAACAAGCUUGAAUGAAGGGGGACUAAAAAAAACAAAAGAUCGCUAAUUGCGAAAAGAGGUCUCACUCCUAAUGUUUUUUUGUUUUUUUUAGAUGAAACCUUUCCUCAACAAUAUUUACAUUUUAACUAACUUAUAUAACUAACUUAUACAUUUUUAACUAACUUAUUAACUUAUGAAUUCUUUAUGCUUUUUCACACAAAGGCAUGACAUCAUGUAGACUAGAGUUGACACAGUGGCUGAAAAUGGCGAAACUUCACUUGAGCUCCUCCCCCUCAAAAGUCAUCCAGUAUAUAUAUCUUUAAAAUUUUAUUUAGAAGUGUUUUUACUUUUUUAAAAACAAUUAUUUAUAUAUUUUUUGUUUAUUUAUUUCCACAUUAUAUUCAUGUUCCAAUUUGCAAAUAUGUUCUGGGGAAAAAAAUCCUGUUCAGUGGAAAGUUCAGUUUUUUGUUUUGUUUUGUUUUUUAAACCCAUACAUCUCAAAAUUUUGGAGCUAUAAUUGCAAUACCGUGAUACCGUGAAACCGCGGUAUUUUUGCUCACGGUUAUCGUACCGUCAAAAUCUCAUACCGGCACAUGCCUAAAUGCUAUCCUGAUUAAAAUAUGAAAAUUUAUAAAUGUUUUGGUGGUUUUAGUUAAAGCAGACGCUGUUUUUACAUCUGUGUGAUUUUGACAAAGAUCAGAUCACAUUUGACGGUGAUUUUAUGCAGAAAUGCGAGAAAUUCGUAAAGGUUCAGAAAUUUUUUAAAAUCAUUGUAUACCCGAUGUGUUUGCACUGAAUACGAGUAUGCAGACAAAUUUUAAACCACAAACGCGCAUACUGUACCUUUACGUUCGCUCACACAACAUUACGUUUCAAGCACUUGACGUGGCAACACUGGACAUGUGAGACAGUUUUCCCUGCCUGCCAAACACAAAACUAAGUACUUGCCGUGAGGCUUUUUAAUGAUUUUUUUUCUUUUGUUUUGUUUGCCUGGGGACAUUUCAUGCUGCUUUACAGGAAACUUUUGGGGCAAAAUUAAAUGUUUUCUUUGGAGAUUAUUUCAAUUCUGACAAUGGUAAACAAUGAGAGUGUUUCUUGGUGGUGGGGGAUGUUAGAAGGCCUGAUGUCAAAAGGUUUUUACCUAAAAGAGGAAACUGCCACAGUUGAACUAAAAAUAUUUUCUACGCACUAUUUCUGUUCUUCACCUAACUCUAUCAAGGCUUUUCUGUUCCUCUUAUAUUUUGCAUUUUGUGGAUGGAAAAAAAAUAUAUGUAUUGCAAACCUGCCCUUUAUAGCAGGCCACUGACUUCUAAAACCCGGAGUGUUAUGUUCAAUAGCGUCAAAAGUGUUCAAGAUGAUAAUUCUACUUUCCAGCAAAGAUGACAAACAGUGCCAAGAUUAGUUUGUAAAUAAAACACACAGCAUCGAUGACUAUUAUUUUUGUUUUGUUUGUACGGGGAAGAAAAUAUCUUAAAAACAUGCAUGAUUUUGUUACUUUGGGAUACUAAUCUAUUUUCCUUGGAUUUCUUUCCCCCUCUUUUCUUUGGUUUAAUAAUAUAUUCCCAAAAACAUAUAUUGAAGUCAAACACUGUGUAAGAUUGUACAGCUAUCAAGAGAGGAAUUUAUCGAAGAGUUCUAUCAAUAUAAUUACAGUGAUGAUGACGUAAUGAUGGUUUGAAAAAAAAGUAAUAAAAAAAGAAGAAAAAAAAUGAUAUUGAUUGAUAAGUCACUAGUGAAAAUGAAAGGCGGAAAGGACAAUGAAAAAUGUGAAAAAAAGAUGACGCAAACUUUAAUCUUCCUUGCAUUCUCUGAGUGGCAAUUGUCCAACAGUUGGUAUGAUGUGUAAAUAUACUGUAUGGUACACGCUUUGUCAAAACAAAUAAUAGUGGUUGAGUUGGGAGACUGCAAGAGAGACAGAGAGAACGCAAAAGAAAGAGAUGGAGAAGGAGAAAAGGGGGAAAUUCCAUUUUUUGCUCCUCCUCUGACUCUUUCUUUUCACUUAUGAUGUGCAAACAACUUAGCUAAGGGCUUCACGUUUGACUUUACCGGAUGUCCACUUUAAGAAAAAAAGUAAAUUAACAUUAAAAUGAAAAAGGACAACUAUGAAUAAAACAACUUAUGCAAAUUUU